AUGUAUACGUCUCGCCGAUCAGUUAGCGGCGGGCACGGCAGUACCUCCGUGGCGUGUGCCGACGUGCUCACCACGACGCUGCGGUACAUUCACACGAACAAGUACUUGAAAAACAAACUGCACUACACAGUGGAGACGGCGUGUGCCUCGACUGUCGUCGCCCGCGACAACACCGACCACAGCGUACUCACCGAAGCUGACGCUGCGCCAACAAGCGGUGCCGCGGCUUCGCAGGCAGCGCACGGCAGGGCUGUCCAAGGGCAGAAGCGCACCUCUUGUUUUCCUGGCGGUCCUGGCGCGGCUCACCGUCGCUCCGAUCGUCGCCCGUCGCAGCGUCAAAUUGACGCAGCACCGGAGAUCUCUGCUGGCAACAGCAACAACACCGGCGGCGGCACAGCGCCAGAGCAACAAGAACCGCCCGUCAGCAUCCCAGAAAACGAGAAGAGGGCCAUGGCGGUGGUGAAGUUCGCCACCGCGCGCGCGGCGCACCACCAUGUCACAGCCGUCCUUCUCGGAGUCGGCCAGCGGCAAGAUGGGAAGGUGUGCACUGUCGGGGCGGUGGCGCAGGGGGUCCUUCUCGAGCUGCGCAGCCUCUACCCUCUGUACUACGUAAAAAAGGACGGUGUUAAGUGGCGCCCCGCGUUGUCGACUUCGGCGCCGACAGCCGCAGCGACCCCGCGUCGCUUCACGGUCGUAGUGGCUGUGCCCGCAGACGCACGAUGGGAGUCACCCGCGGCAGCCGAGACGAGGAGCGGCAACGAGGAGGCGGCCCCGCAAGCGACUGCUUCGAUCGAGACGCCGCCGGUGGCACCUCCGCAGGUGCCCAUGCACGUUCAGGAAGCGGUGGCGGCGACCGUACAGUACGUGCAGACUCGCUGCAUGCGCCUCCACUCUGCGCCCCAGGUAGAACAGAUCACGUUUGCCGUGAUCGCCACGUCAAGCUCGCAGGACGGCGACAGCAUAACUGAACCAGAUCGCAGCGAGAACGGCGGCCACGUCGCUGCUGGCCUCGACGCUUCCGGCGGAAAAGACGGCUCGGCGCGGAUCAACCCCCUUAAAUCCUACAAGCGGUAUCUUGAGUCACUCCCCUUCGUGGAAUGCAAAGGGACCCCUCCUGCCACUGUAGCUGCGCCGCCGCCGCUGCCGGUGAGCAGCAUCAGCCCUGCCGCCGUCGGUGAAGAAGAUGGGAUAGAGCAACAGCAGCAGCAGCAGCCGGAAGAUGGUGCCGCGGCGAUCUGUGUGGGAGGCAGUGCUACAAUGGCCCCCGCGCCGCGGGAAGCGCCCUCUCCGGUAACGAUCUGUGUCCUCAAGGCUUCCAAGAAGAAUCCGCUCCUCAGCCUCGACUCAGAGCCGGAAGUGGCACUCCCGCAGAUUAUAAAGCAAGUCGGAGCGCUGAAGCCGGAGGUGUUGGUCAUGCCGAAAUCCCUGGUACCCGAGUCUCUGCAGCUUGCGCUGCUAGCCACCAGCAACCCGCACUGCAUCGUGCUCCCGUUCUGA